AUGUUGUUCUUUUCAAUAUUGCUAUUCUAUUUAUCAACAACAAUAACUCUAGUUAAUUCAAUUCCUACAUCAAGAAGAAGACUUAAUUCUCAUCGUCGAUUAAAAACCAAGACUACUAAUAAAAACAACAACAAUAAUAAUAACAAUGGGAAUAUUCUUGAUAAUGUUGAUUUAUUUUAUGGUACUGAAUCAGGAGGACAUAUGUUUCCUGGGAUUUCAUUACCAUUUGGAAUGAUUAAACCAGGAAUUGAUGUUUCUGAUUCAACAUUUGGUGAUUCAUAUAGUGGAUAUGCACCAAAUGGAAAAAUCAUUGGUAUUUCAAUGAUGCAUGAAAGUGGUACUGGUGGAGCACCACAAUAUGGAGUUAUUUCUCAAUUACCAUUUACUGAUGAAUCUAUUGAUGAUGAAGUAUUGAAUUCAAAUUCAGAAUUUGGUUUAGAAAGAUCAAAUAUUGAUAAUUCUACAAUUGGUGUUUAUUCUGUUUCUACUAAAAAUGUUAAUUUUCAAUUUACUAGUGAUGAAAGAAGUGCAAUGAUUAGAUAUAAAUAUAAUAUUGAACAAAUUGAAAAUGUUAGAAUUUUAGUUAAUGUUAGUCAUCAUUUAGGAUCUCCUGGACGUCCAUGGUGGACUCAAAAAUUUGUUAAUGGUAGUAUUGAAAUUUCUGAAGAUUCAAAUGAUAAUAAAUAUACUGGAUAUACUACAAUUAAAGGAGGUUGGGGAGGUCAAGAUCCUUGGACAAUUUAUUUUUGUGGUGAAUUUAAUCAUAAAUUUAUAAAUAAAUUUGGAUUUAUAAAUGAUGAAUAUCAUCAAGAAGAUGAUAAAAUUACAUCUGAUCAAAAUUCAAUGGGGAUGAUUUUUGAAUUUAAUAAAGAUGAUUUAAAUAAUAAUGGUGAAUUAAUUAGUAGAAUUGGUGUUUCAUUUGUAUCCACUACUCAAGCAUGUUCAAAUAUUGUCAAACAAACAAAUGAAUUUGAUUUUGAUCAAAUGAUUGAUGAUCAUCGACAAAAAUGGAAUAAUGAAGUAUUUAAUAAGAUUCAAAUCGAAGAUAAUAAUCAAACAUUAAUUUCACAAUUUUAUACAAAUUUAUAUGGAGUUCAUCUUAUGCCAACAAAUAGAACUGGAGAAACACCACCAAAUUGGUCCAAUAAAGAUUCAAAUCUUGUUUAUUAUGAUGAUUUUUUCACUAUUUGGGAUACAUUUCGUUCAUUAAAUCCUUUAAUUAAUAUAAUUAAUCCAACUAGAGGUUCAGAAAUAAUUCAAGCAAUUGUUAAUAUUUAUCAAAAUGAUGGAUGGACACCAGAUGGUAGAUCAGCUAAUCAAAAUGGUCGAGUCCAAGGAGGCACUAAUUCAGAUAUUUUAAUUGCUGAUGCAUUUCUUAAAAAAAUUCCUAAUAUUGAUUGGGAAUUGGCAUAUAAAUCAAUGAUUAAUAAUGCAGAAAAUCAACCUCCAUAUUGGUAUGAUUCAUUUGCACCUGAUGCUUCAACAAAACAAGGUAGAGGUGCAUUACCAGAUUGGUUAAAAUAUGGUUAUAUUACUAGAAAAUAUUCACGUUCAGUUAGUAGAACUGUUGAAUAUUCAUAUAAUGAUUUUGCUAUUUCUGUAUUAGCUAAAGAUUAUGGAUCAGAAGAAGAUUAUGAAAAAUAUUUGAAAAGAUCAACUGGUUGGCAAAAUUUAUGGAAUCAUGAUGCAAAAGCUAAUGGAUAUGAUUAUAGUGGAUUUUUACAACCCAAAAAUUCCGAUGGUCUGUUUAAUUUUGAUAAUUAUGAUGCAUUAAGUUGUAAAGGAUGUUAUUGGAAUGAUGAUGAAUAUGAAGGUAAACCAAUUGAAUAUGGAUGGGAUGUUCCAUUUGAUAUGAGUACAUUAAUUUCAUUUAUGAAAGAUAAAGAUGAAUUUAUUCAACGUUUGAAUGAUAUGUAUCCAUUACAUGGUAGUAAAAUUGUUGAUGUGGGGAAUGAACCAAGUUUUUUAACUCCAUAUUUAUACAAUUUUGUUAAUGAACAAUAUAGAUCAGUUGAAUUGAUUAGAUUUAUAAUUUAUACUUAUUUUAAAUCGGGGAAAGAUGGAUUACCGGGAAAUUCAGAUGCUGGAGCAAUGCAAAGUUGGGUAGUUUUUAGUUUAUUGGGAUUUUAUCCAAUUUCUGGUACAACCACUUAUUUAAUUUCAUCACCAUUUAUGUCUAAAGCUAGUAUUAAUUUAGAAAAUGGAUCACAAGUUACAAUAACUGCUAAUAAUUUAUCACAAGAGAAUAUUUAUGUUCAAUCUUUGAAAAUUAAUGGUGAGGCUUGGAAUAAGAAUUGGUUUGAUCAUGAUGAUUUGUUUGGUGCAAAUGGUGGAAGUAUUGAAUUUGAAAUGGGUAAUCAACAAACAAUAUGGGAAACUGGUGAUACACCACCAAGUCCAGGACAUAUUGAUAAUUAG